UCCCCACCCAUCUUUGUUCCUCUUCUCGGCCCCGAGGCUCGGAGGGCCGGGCAGGCCGCCGCCGAAAACUACAACUCCCGGCAUGCCAAGCGGUCCCGCCCGCUCGCUCCGAGGGAGAGGUCACAGGGUCAAGCCCGGCGGCGCUCUUCCGCGGAGCCCCUCCAUCCGUCCUGCGAUUGGCUGGGCGCCCGUCAAUCACCCCCAGGGCUGCUUGCGAUUGGCCAGUGCGGCCUGCAGGGCGGGGACUCCGCUCCGUUUCGCCGGAGCCUUUUAAAGAGCGGGACGGAGGUGGUCGCGGUUCCCUUUCUCUUCCUUUGCCUCCUCUGCCUGCAGCUGUUGCCCCGUCGGCUGCGGCCUGGAACCUCCACUAUGGCGGUCAUGGGCGUGCAGCUGGUGGUGAGCCUGCUCACGGCCAGCCUCAUGCAGAGGCUGGCUCCCCACUACUCCUUCGCCCGCUGGCUCCUCUGUAACGGCAGCCUGUACCGAUACAAGCACCCGUCAGAGGAGGAGCUGCGGGUCUUGGCUGGGAAGCAGAAGCCCAGAGCCAAAAAGGAACGACGGCUGAAUGGUGUGAGUGAGGAGAAACCCCUGUCUGUCCCCCGGGACAUCAGCCUGCACCUAGAGACCAGCCCCAUCACCGCCGUGGACGCUCUCGUGCUGCGAUACUUCCUGGAGUACCAGUGGUUUGUGGAUUUCGCCCUGUACGCCAGCGGCGUCUUCCUCUUCACCGAAGGCUACUACUGCCUGGUGGACCGGGCCAAGGAGGUCAACAUCGGUGUGCUCUGGUGCCUGCUCACGGUCGUCUUCUCCGUGAAGGUGUUCUUCAUGGUGAUGCGCCUCUACUUCCGCUCGGAGGAGGGCGGGGAGCGCUCCGUCUGCUUGACCUUUGCCUUCCUCUUCCUGCUGUUGGCCAUGGUGGUGCUGGUGGUGCGUGAGGAUAUCCUGGAGUUCGGCCUCGAGGCUGGCCUGGCCAGCGUCACUCGGAACCUGGAGGCGUUGCUGAAGCAGCGAGGCUGGGAGUGGUCUAUCCCCAUCACCAAGCUGACCUUCAAGCUGGGGCUGGUAGCCCUCUGCUCCUUCCUCGGCGGGUGUCUCACCUUCCCGGGCCUCCGGCUGGCACAGACGCACCUGGACGCGCUCAAGAUGGCGGCCGACCGGCCCUCGCUCCAGGUCCUGCUCCAUGCCAGCUUCCUGGCCCCGGUGUUGGUGCUGUGCCUGUGGAUCAAGCCCAUUGCUCGAGACUUCCUGCACCACGCCCCCAUGGGGAAAACGGCCAUCCAGCUCCUCUCGGACUCGGCGUUCGACUCUGCCCGUCUCUGGACCGUGGUGGCGCUGUGCCUUCUGCGCCUGGCGGUGACCCGGCCCCACCUGCAGGCGUACCUGUGCCUGGCGGAGCGCUGGGUGGAGCAGCUGAAGAAGGAGGCCGGGCGCAUCACCACGCUGGAGAUCCAGCGCCGGAUUGCCCGCAUUUACUGCUAUGUCUCAGUGGUGAGUCUGCAAUACCUGGGACCCAUCAUCCUCACCCUCCACUGCACGCUGCUGCUCAAGACCCUCGGCGGUUACUCCUGGGGCCUGGGCGCCGUGCCCCCGGCCCCCUCCUUGCCUGCCACGGCCCCGGCAGCCGGCCGACUCUCUUCCAGCCCGCCCGAGGAGGACGGGGAGGAGGACGACGUUCAGGCGACGGUGGAACAGAUCACGGGAGUCCUGGGGGCGCUGAGCGGCCUCUUCACGCCCCUCUUCUUCCGCGGCCUCUUCGCCUUCCUCACCUGGUGGACGGCCGCCUGCCAGGUGGUCACCAGCCUCUUUGGCCUCUAUUUCCACCAGUACCUGGCGGUGUCCUAACCCCUCCCCCGGGGUGGGGCGUAACUGAGGGGUUUGGAGGGGCGGGGGGACCGGAGGGCCAGAAGAGGCUGGACAACUUGGAUCUCGGGCACCCCUGCCUCCUCCUCUUCCCUCCCACGAGUGCCAGAGGACAGGGGCAGGAAGGUAGUGCCGGGCCAGCAAGGAGCUCAGGACUCGGGGGCUCCAGGCUGACUCCUGCCCGGAGGAGGCGGGAAGAUGCAGUGGCUCAGCCGCUUGCCCAUUCCCCUGUGCACUAGCAGGGAGCCUCUGGGCCGGGACCGCCGAUCCCCGGAAAAGGUGUGUGUGUGGGGGAUGUUAACGUCCCUCCCGAAGGUGGCUCCCCCCUCCACCCCCGCUCCUCACGGCCGCCCUCGGCCUUUCAUCGGUGCCUUGCGACACUCCCCUUCUCCAGGCUUAGAGGCUGCGGCGGUGCCGGGGAAGAUUGCCCGCCCCAGGAGAAGGGGCUAGGGGACGGAGGGCUACCCCUCCCAGGCUCAGCAUCUCACUCGGAAGAGGCCGUCGCCUGUCCCAGGGCCCUCCACCCCAGCUCCUCCUCGGAACCCGGUUAGUGUGAGUCUGGCAGGGGUGCGGAGGACAACCUGGAGCGCAUGGCGUUAAGGUCUGAGUCGGUCUCACUGAGAACAGAGAGCGCCGAUCUCUGGCUGGGCGGUCCCCAAGAACCGGCCAAGCGCUGUCCCCGUGGAAGAGGGGGUCAGGUCCCUGGCCCUCAGGCACUAACGGCCCCAGCAGAGCUCCCCCACUCCCUAGGACUGGCUGACCGUGAGCACGGCCCCUGAAGCGGCUCACGUGGCCCUUUCUUUUCAUUCAAUAAAGGGAAGAAUGUUUUUGUCCCC